AUGAUGCUAGGCGGCGGUCGAGCUGGCGGCAGCGGGCCGCCCGGGACGGGCGGCUUCUCUUUUCCAUCUGCCUCGUUCAUGCCGCAGGUUCUUCCGGCUGCUGGCUCCGGCGUGUCGGGUGGCAGUCCCUCUGUGAUCAUGCCGCCGACUCUCAUGGGCCUCGGGCUCGGCUUAGGCAGCCCGUCGGCCCCCAGCGGGAGCUUUGGAGCCCAAGCUGCCGGCGGCGACGGGACGCCCAAGGGAGACAGCGCCAACAACGGAUGGACCGAGCACGUUGGGAAGGACGGCCGAAAGUACUACUACAACGCAAGCACGCAGCAGAGCCAGUGGGAGAAGCCGGAGUGCCUGAUGACUGAGGAGGAGCAGAAGGUGUACCACAAGCUGGGCUGGAUAAAAUACGCGACCGCGGAAGGAAAGGAAUACUGGUUCAAUUCCUACACGAAGAAGUCCACUUGGUCCACGCCGAAGGAAGUCGAUGAGUGCCUCAGGCACCUUGCCGAGGAGAAGGAGGAGUGGCCCAAGUUCACCAACAAAGCGGAGGCGCGCCGCUGGAUUGUGAAGCUGUUCGAGCUCAAGAGGUUCCCUCCGCGAAUCAACUGGGAGAACGCAGUAAAGUUUCUUGAGGCAGACAAGCGCUGGGAGAGCUUCAAAAUCUUGACUCGCGGCGAGCGCAAACAGUCCUUCAGCGAGUACAUGAGCCAGCGUCAGAAGAAGUCGGCGGACACGACGCGGAAGAAGAAACAAGAGGCUCGGGCUGCGUUCACGGAGGCGCUGCAGAAGUGGGAUGAUAUCGUCCCCGGCACUACAUACAUCAUGAUGGCGGACAAGAUGAACGAAGAAGACUGGUGGCGGUCGCUGACGGAGCAGGAGCGCGACGACUGCUUCCAAGACUACAUGGAGGAGUUCGAGAAGCGGUACCGCGAGCUCUACAAGAAGAAGAGGAAGAAGGAUGUCGAGACGGUUGAGGAGAUCCUCGAAAAGCGCAGCGCUCAAUUCGACUGCCGACGCAAGUGGAUGGAAGUCAAGGACGAGCUCUUCGCCAUUCCCGAGCUCGCGACGGUGCUCAAGUUGGACAUUCUGCAAGUCUGGGAGAACUGGGUGGAACACGGCUUCGCGGGCGAGCGGAAGAAACGGCGGCACGUUGUGUUCCGCCGAGAGCGGAAGCGCCGCGACGCCUUCCGCGCCCUCCUCGACGAGGCGGCGAAGAAAGGCGAGUUGACCUUCAAAACUGAGUGGCGCGAGUUCGUGGCGCACGUCGUGAACGACCCGCGCUACUAUCAGAUGGUUGGUCAGGGGGGCUCGACGCCACGCGAACUCUUCGAAGACGCGGUGGAAAACGUGAAGGAGGAGUACCAGAAGCAGAAAGCCGUCAUCAAAGACUGCCUCAAGAAAAUCGACCUGGAUCUCGAGUCGCCCACACUCACUUUUGAAAAAUUCUACAGCGCACUCUGCGCAUGCGACGGCAUGAAGGGCGUGUCGCUGGUCAACGCCAAACUCGCCUUCGAGUCUUUGGCUUCGGCCGCAGCACCCCCCCCGCGCAACGAGCGCGAGGCUGAGGGACCUGGCGCCGCGGCGGAGGCCAGGCCAUCGGCGCGGCGGGGGAGCCGCAGCCGCGGCCGUUCGACCGCGAGCUGGGCCCCACCGGCGAAGGAGACUCCCACGGCCUCCGGUGCCUCGGGCUCGUCGAGCCGCAGGAAGCGCGACGGCUCGCGCGGGCGGGACGGCGACAGAGGAGGCGCGUCGUCCGCGGGGAAAAGGUCUUCUAGCAGCUCUUCGUCCUCUGCGCGGGCAGACGGGCGCGCGGAGAGGGAGCGCGACGCCGAGAGGAAGCGCCGCAGAAGCCACUCGUCGAGGAGUUCGUCGCCGCGACGGCGAGGCAAGAGAGACGAUGAAAAUCUAAGAAAGCGGAGGCACGGAUGA